AUGGUUCCUGACGCGGCCACUGGCCGACUCAACAGGCUCCUUGACGAACUCGAGCGAACAACACAAAACGACCGUGAGUCACGCGAUCUAUUCACCCCGCGUGUUAGCUCCUUGUUAUCCGACCUUUCUGUUUUGGUGCAAUGCCAGAAUCAACUGAAUUGUUUCCAGCCCUGGGCUUCCACUUUCUGUGACGAGGCCAAUAACUGCUAUCAUGACUUACAAUACGAACAUCAGAAACGCAUGCUUUUUGUACCUUUCCUCAAUGAUAGCAUGCUAGAAGCUUCUUUGGCAAUCCUGGGAGAUCCCUCAGAUCAUAAAUUUCGGUAUCCAAUCGACAAACGACGGACUCGCGAGACAACGGCCAUUCUCCAGGCAUCCGAGCAUGCCCUAGAUGAAUUCUGGCACAAAGUUGAUAAAGUUACUUUGGGUGAGAAGGACCUACUGCCAGAGGUGCUGAUAAAGUUUCUCAAAUCAAAUCGAGUUUUACACCGCACCCCAAAUUGGGUGGAACCCUCAAAGAGCCAUUCCAACUCAAGUCAACAACCCAACCUCAAGGAUGAUACCCGCCCACUAUCCGAGACCUAUUAUGAGCUGCAACAGCACACUGAACAGACCAUUAGUCCAUCAAAACAACUAGCAAAGAAAUCUAAGCCUAAAACACGCGGUGCUAGCAAGACAUCCUCAGCUUCACCAUACAAUCCACCAGAUUUGUCCGGGCUUAGUCUUGAGGCGGAAGCCAAACCCACAUUCCACGUCAACAAGCGCGCGCUCAAGGUAUUUAGGACAUUGCUUUCCCAGCCUUCUCGCACUGCCCAACCAGGCGAAGUACCAUGGAUUGAGUUUUUACAUGCUAUGGAGAGCCUAGGGUUUGCAUCUGAAAAGCUGUAUGGUUCAGUCUGGCAAUUCACGCCAUCGGGUCGUAAACUUGAUCGUGGUAUUCAGUUCCACGAGCCGCAUCCGAUUUCGAAGAUUCCUUUCCGAAUUGCGCGGCGCAUGGGUCGUCGUUUGAAUCGUGCCUAUGGUUGGGAAGGAAAUUUGUUUUGCUUGCAAGGCAAAUAA